GUCACUCUUGAGAGUGGUUUGACGAAUUUCCUAAUUACUUUCACUAAAAAAUAGAAAUUCUCCUAAAUUUGUUCAUUUAACAGUUUAAUCGCUCGUUCCAAGUGGUUUUGUUUGGUUUAAAGAGUGUUCUGAUUGUGCCCGACUCUUUGUGUCACACUUGGGGAACUUCCGCUAGCGGAAGGAAGGGAGUCCAUUAUGACCAACCAGAAACCGACGGCCACUUCCCGCUUAAAGCAGGAUUAUAUGCGCCUCAAGCGAGAUCCAGUGCCCUACAUAACGGCGGAACCGCUGCCGUCGAACAUACUUGAGUGGCACUACGUUAUACAUGGACCGGAAGAUUCGCCGUAUCACGGCGGAUACUACCACGGAACGUUGCUAUUUACCAAGGAGUUUCCCUUUAAGCCUCCGUCGAUCUACAUGAUUACACCAAAUGGGCGAUUUAAAACGAACAAGCGUCUGUGUCUCAGCAUAUCGGACUUCCAUCCGGACACGUGGAACCCGGCCUGGUCGGUGGCCACUAUUUUGACAGGCCUGUUGAGCUUCAUGCUGGAAACCACUCCGACGCUGGGUUCGUGCGAAUCGACGACCUACGAGAAGCGCCGAUACGCCCGGCAAUCGCUCGACUUCAACAUGAAGAACGAAGUGUUCCAGGAGCUGUUUCCGGAGGUUUGCGAGGAAAUCAAGGAACGGCUAGCCAAGAUCGAGGAGCACCGGAAGGCGAACGCCGCCGCGACCAACAACAACACCACUGCCACGGCGGGUGCCACCGCAAACGGAACCGCCGCCGCCGCCGCCGGAGCUUCCCCGGACGGACUGCUGGACGUGGACGGUGCGGACGGGCCCAACCCGGUGACCGGUGCCGGCGCCGACGAAAGCAACAACAUUUGGCAUUCCCUGUACACGAACCUGAUCGUGCUGAUUGGGUUCGUGAUCUUCGCUUUGAUAGUGCAUUAUGUGAUUAAAAGCAUGAACAUAGAAUGAUUGUAAGCCGCGUCGCGAAGCGCUUGGUUUUCGUACAUUAUACUAUUGACUACUUCUACUUUGUGUUUGGGCGUUCGCGUACGGGGCCUUUUUUGGCUCGUACCGUUGCGGGCAAAACGAUGGUUAUAACAUUAUUCUUAUGUGUUUUAUAAUUGAGUAACCGUGAGUGUAACUUUUCUCGAGAGAAUCAUUUUAUUGUGUUAUACGCCUAUAUUUAAAAAAAGAAACCCUUUCCCAAUUGUUACUCGAUAUUUUAUUAAAAAAACGCUCUAGAUGUUCAAACCUCUCCAACGGGAUUUGCGCCGCUAGUUUCGUAGAAUUCGUUCAAAGUGUAGAUAAAACCAACAAGCAAAACACAGCAUUAUUUUGCCAAUAUGCAUGGUUUUAAAAAAAACUAAACACACGUUAUAUCACGAACUAAACACAAACGAAAUGCAAAGCACACACACACACCAACACUCACCAGCUGCAAACUCUCGCUACGCAAUAGAGUGUCUCGCGCGCGCGGUAUCAAAUCUCUUUCAGUACACGCCGGUGCUUGGCUGAAGCGAUGCGGCUAUGAACCAAAAAAAAAAACGAAGCAAAACAAAACAAAACAAAUAGCAUUGGGCGAAAAUGUAAGCGCGGAAUCAGAGAAGAUGAAUCAGUGGGAGUAAAAGUAUAAAAUUGGUGAUUUAAAGAUACAUAUAUAAAAUAUUACCUUACUAGAAAUCGGCCGGAAGGAUACCGCAGUAUUUAUUGUAAAAAAAAGAACUUUCAAUAAAGCAUUAAUAAAUAAAGGGAAUCUAUCGGGCA